CUCCCGUCCGCAGGGGCUGCGGAGGGAAAGCGCCGUUCUGGACUACAAGUCCCAUAAUGCUUGGCGGCCGGGGAGGCUCCCAAGAUGGCGGCGCCCACGAGCGGUAGCGGCGCGGGCGGGUCGGACUCGGAGAGCGGAUGCAGCGCGGAGGACUGGGAGCGGUUCCGCGAGGCCGCCUGGGACCCGGCGGGGCAGCGGGCAGCCACGGGACGGCCGGAGCCCAGCAGCGGUGGCUUAAGGACAGACAAGCUACCAUCAGCUCAGCCAAGUCUCAGGCAGAGAGUGAAUGAUCAUGACCAAGACGGGAACGAGUUACAGACCACACCAGAGUUCAGAGCACAUGUUGCAAAGAAACUGGGAGCAAUGUUAGACAGCUGCAUCACUGUCUUGGAGGGUUCACCACGUUGUGGAUGGAUUUCCAUACAAGCUGCUGACUUUGAAGACGAUGGCUUUCGUUUAUUCUCCUCAUCUGUCCCAGGAGAUUGUGGAAAAUCAGAACCUUCCCACUCAGCCAGGAGGCAAAGAACUUCCAGUUCCAGUGAACUAGACAGUGACCAGGAAUGGCAGAGGUGCCAAGAGGCUGCUGUAUCAGCAGCAGACAUCCUGAAGCAGAGUGCUCUUCCUGGGAUAUCCCAUGACUACAACCAGGCCCAGAAUCAAGAGUGCACAGAGCACAACCAGAAGAAGAAGAAGAAAAGGAAGAAGAAAGUUAAAGGAGAGAGUGAUAAUGAUCAACAGAUACCAGAAGCGGUCAGGUGUGGUGAGACCAGCAAGAAUGCUCUAUGUCCCAUUCUUAGCAAUGGAGAGCGUGAGCGGCAGGAAGGUAGAUAUAAAGAGGCCAGAUCAGUGAAGAAGAAAAAGAAGAAGAAAAUCAGGAAAGAAGAGAAUGCAUAUUCUAGUCUACAGACUGCAGAUGGUCAGGAUGGAUGAAGGGCACUGAAACGUUAACAGCAAAAGGUAGUUCCUGCAGAAUGUCUUCCGCUGGCAGUGGGGGAGCAUAAUUGCCAAAGUUGCUAUUUUAGGGUUUCAGAGCAUUGGGAGCUUAUUUAAGUGGCUGCCCAUGUUGUGACAUCUAUUGGGAAACAGAAUGGAAGACCAAGCACAGAGCAGAUACCUGCACUGUUGCUUAGGCAGACCUUGCUUGGAGGGAUGUGGUAUUUUGCACAGACUUUGAUAAUACAGUGACAUAUUCAUAGUCCCUUCUGCCCUGGUUUGAUCCUUUUGGUGUCCAGGACAAUGGAUCCGGUCUGAGCAUAUAUGUGACAAGCUGAUUUUGGUGGAAAUGGGAGCAGAGAAUCAGUUCUGUUUCACUUCUCUUGUCACCUCAUGCCAGAACCAACAGAUGAACACCUCCAUCCAGUGACAGAGACUGAUUCAUUCAAUAGCAUCCUGAUGGGUGUUAGGAGUCCACUUACAUCUCCUGCAGUCACUAUCACAUUAUCAAAACCUGCUGUGUUAUUAAUUCCCUUGUCAUCUGCAUUCUCCUGGACUCCCAGGCUAACAGCUGCUGAAGGAGCAUGCAGUUGUAUGUUGUUAUAAACUCGUGUUUCUUUCAGAGCUAUGCCCCUUGAAGCUUUAUUUUCAUAGUAUUACACCUGCCACGUGCAGUAGAAUUUAAUAACAGCCAACACCUCUUGGUCUCAUUUGAUGUAUCACGUAUUGUUCACAAGUGCUCUGUGCUUCCACUCAGAUGGACGUUUGCAGCAGGGUUGCGUAUGUCACAUGAUUUUAUGUGCACAGCUGUUUAUAGUAACUUGAUGGUCAGUGCUGUAGCAUUACUGGAAACAGGUGCUCUCCAGCUUAGUUUGACAUUUCCUGUAUUUAUGUCCUUAUUUGGACCUGAUCAGUCAGGUCAGUUUAUUUCUCUGAGACUCAGCAGUUUUCACCACUGUUCUUAUUUUCUUAAUAGAGGUCUGCAAUUCUAAUAAAGCAGGUCAAAAUCCAUUAUUUGGGUGGGUUGGGAAUACCUUUAUCUAUCUUUAUUUGUGUUUUUGAGGCUUAUGGGUCUCAAUAGCUCUGACCAUUGGUCCUCUCCCCUCCUCCUGGAGCCUUAAAAGCUAGACUAGAGCCACUGAACUAGGAAAAUGCUGCCCCAUGUAGUGCAUCAGGAAAUCUCACAUAUUUUUCUCCUGUUAGACCCCAAACACCAUAUUGUUAAGAUUACAGAUUUUCCAAAAGAACCAUGAAUUGCACUUGUGCAGGAUUACCCUUUAUUGGGUACCCUGACACCUUUUACUUUAGCACAUGUGGUAUUUUUGUGUGUGGAAUAAAAAUACCGAGUCAGAAAUUUUUCAGGGCAGGUUUUAUUUAGUUUUUUAGUUUAUUUAACCCUCUUGGUCUUUUCCCUGUGUAUUUGAUUCCCCUGUGGAAUUUUUUUAAAAGCAAUAGUGUUCAAGGUCUUUAUUUCUAGUUAUAAACCUAAAUUCAAGGAAAAGGCUGUUUUCCUUAAAAUUGACCCUGAAAAUGUGGACUCAACAUAUAUCCAGGUCCACUUAUAAUCAGAACAAUAUGGUAUUUUUCAAACCAGGAAAAGCUCUGCUGGCAUUUCAGACCCAAAAGACUAUUUAGAGUAUUGGCUUGUAAAUUAAUUGUAAUACACUAACAAAAACUGUUUGCCUAACAGCCAUCAUCAAAAUGAUCAAUAACUAACUUUCUGAACAUUAUGAAGUUUGCAUAUGAAUCUUCCCUAUUCGCCUGAAUGUUGAUGUCAUUUAUUCAGUCAAGAAGCUAAAUGUACAACAGCCUUUCACAGGAUUUUCUUUUCAAUUUAUUGGAAGUUAAAUAUAUUUACAGGAUAAUGCACAGUGGAGAGGGGGGAGCAAUUCUAAAACCAAAUUCCACCAAGAACUUCAAUUACUGAAAUUAAUCUCUUAUGGCUGAUAAUAUCUGAAUCCAGCAAGAAAAUCUCAGUAUAGACUGCAGUUUUUACAUCUUUAUGCUUGAAAUUGCCAGAUGUGGUGGCCUUAAUGAUCACUGUCAACUUAUGCCUUUUGCCUUUUAUUCUCCAUUGUUUCUUAACCUUUUGGAGGUUUGAUCAUAUUUUCCCUGUAGGGGUUUUGUCCUCUAUACACUGGAAUUGAUAGCUUCCAUUAUAACCUUGGAAAUAAGCUUAUUGUGGCUUCUGUUGUAUUUGUUUGCAACUCAUUAAUGAUGUGAAGGACAUAAAUGAGAAGAGAGGAGAGGAAUUAUUUGAGGAGUUUAUAACUAGUAACCUAAAGCCUUUGCUUAUGUUAGUUCCUCUGAGAGUUCACAGGAGUGAGAGCUGUAGCAGCUAGGUCAUAGUGAGGAUAAUGAUUGAAGAUGGGAUCAAAACAUGUUAAAUAUACCGGUCCACCUAUGCUGUGAUCUUUAUAGAAAAGAGCUGGUGUAUGUUGCACAGGCAGUGAGACUCAUACACAGUCCGUGGUGGAAAGGACACUGGUGUUAAGUUAGAAACAGCUUAAAGAGCUUAGCUUCUGAACCAUAAGGUAGCUGUAAAGUGACAGGCUACCUCUUCUUUUGCCUGGCCUAUAUACUGCUAUGUCCACUGGUCACACAGGGAAAGGUAAGAGAGGUGAGAAUCACAUCUGUUGACAUAGAGAACUAAGUAGUCUUUCCUGCUCCUGAACUUUAAUUUUUGCAUUUUAAAUGAAGCAAAACUAAUGAAAGUGCUCAGUUUUUUUUCUAUUGGCUGUGUGCUGUUUUAGAGUGGGUAAUAGGUUUGAGCUAAAUAAAAUUGGUAUCAAGUUAAAUGGUAAGGGUCAGUGUGUAAACCCAUACUGAGCAAAUUGUCCAUGCCAUCUCUGAUUUUGUUUCUCAGUAGUCUUAGUUUCAAGGGUAGAAAUUGAGCUUUUGUAUUGGCUGCACCAAGGUGAUUCUCCCUCUCACUCGCAAGCAUGUUUCCAUUAUCUUUGGCAGCAGCAAUAGGAGUAUCUAAGGGUCUCUGCAUUCUGCAGCUCAGCUCUGCACUUCCCUGCAGGGUUUGCUCUGGAGUGGACAAGCUUAUGCACACCCAGCCCUGCCGAGGGCUAAAACCCCAGCUAUACCCCCUCACACUUUACUAGAGUUCAGUCAGAUCCCUGUGCUGCAGAAAUCCUCAGUGGGCAGCUACAAGGAUUCCUGGUAUGUCUGUGGUGGUCAUUGUUUCCUUUGGCAGUGGAAGCGAGUGGUGUUAGUCCUAUCCUUCUGAAUUAUCCACCCUCUGUGUGCAUUCAUAGCACAGUGCCUGAAAAAGUCCGUUUCCCAGGUUGUGACACACGGAGGUGAGGAGUCUGUACAAGGCAGUGGAGGGGCAGGAGGCCUUUGGCCACGGUACUCUCUUCACCAUGGAAGGCAGCCAUGGUGGUGACUCGCAAACCCAGAUGGCACUGCUCCUGACAAAUGUGGUUGUGGCACUUGCCCGUGAGCUGGUCCCCAUGGUUACUGAGUGGAGGAUGCCAUCUGUGCAGAGAUGAAGGUCUCUAUAACGCUGUGAGUAGAUGGCAGCAGGUGGCUGUGACUGUUGGUGGAGUCAGAGCUCUGGUAGAGCACCAGACUGCUAGAGGAUGCUGUUAAAACACAUGCACAAAACCACAGUUUGAACCUAGUCUGUUCUUUAAUCUGCUCCCUAUUCCCUUUGUAACUCCCCUCCCCCUUUCAACAUGGAAUGUAAGCAGACUUCCUCUUGGAGAGUAGGUCCUAAUCUUUGCCUGUCACAUAAGACUUAUUCUUUCUUCCCUCACUCCAUGUGCAAAGACUUGCAUGCCUGUGUCCAGUUGUGGACUCCAAGCACAAUGUUACAGUCAAUCCUCAGGGAUUUAAAGCUACAGAUUGUAGUUGCUUCUUGGCUUAAUGCCCUCCUGGAGCUGGAAAGCUCCAUACUGUCCCUGAAGGCAUCUCAUCCUGCCUUGUCCUGCAUACUUUCUGUAGGAUUGACUGCAUUCUUUAAUGUUAGUCAUUUGUACAAAUUCCACCAAAGGCUGCAUUUCCAUGCCCAUACUUUGGUUUGGAUGUGCUGGAGAAUUCUUGCUGUGGACUGUGUUUUAG